UUGUCCCGAAAAAGCAGCAAAAAACUUCUCCGUUAAAGGCUGGGUGGGGUUUGUUCUUGCAUAACUUCUUUCUUAAGUUAAAUCUAAACAGUUACAGAUCUCAGUGGAGUGAAGAUACGUUGUAUGAAGAUACACUGAGUGAUCUUUCAUAUUCACUUUUAGACUGAAAAUCUAAACAGACAGAACAUGCUUCAAAGUUUGUUUGGACUUUUUUAUCUAUCUGCGCUUUCUCAGUUCGUGACUCUCACAGGUACACAAGCUGAAUGUCCUAUAAAGCUCAAGCCACAGAGUGUUGUUGUGGAGUACGGCAGCUCUGUUUCAGUGGAUUGUAGCACUGAUGUCACACAUGAUGGGAUUGGCUGGGAAGCCGCUGUAGGAUCAGUACCCUUGACCAGAGACAAACUGGUCACCUGGAGAGUGUCUAACCUGAGAAAAUGGGACAUUCGGCCAGUGUGCAAUAUAAACUACAACAAGGAACAAUGUUCAACUUUACUCCCUGUCACCAUUUACAAGAUUCCAGAUAAUGUCUCCAUCAACACACUGAAUCGACCAAUGACUGAGGGAUCACGGUAUGAGUUCCAGUGUGAUAUUGUGAAUGUGGCUCCUGUUAAGAGUCUCAUUGUGAAAUGGUUUAGAGGAGAGACAGAGGUGUAUAGUGAGACCUUCAAUGACACCAUCAAGACUCCAGUGAAUCAAACAUCUACAAUCGGAUUCAUUGUAGACAGAGAUGAUGAUGGAGCUCAGUACAGAUGUGAAGCAGAACUGGAACUGGGAGCAGAUGGACCUCAACCUCCGCUUAAAGUGACAUCAAAACCUUUUCAGAUUACAGUAUUGUAUUCACCAAAACGCAUUAAAGUAGUGGACAUCAUCAAGAAAACCAAUGGAGAGGUCACUCUGAACUGUACAGAACCAGCAAAUCCCCCUGCUACUUAUUCCUGGUCCUCAGAGCAUUUGACAGGGCCAAUAAAUUCAUCAGUGCUCUCAACCUCUACUCUAGGAAACUACAUGUGCACUGCUACAAACCCUUUAAGCACUCUCACCAGAAUGUUUAUUGUCAUGAAUUUUGCAGGAAGUCUCCACGCGUUCAUGGGUUAUCUUAUUUUCAUACCGCUGCUGGUUGCUUUAGGGAUUGUCAUGUGAGGAAAAUACAAAGUAAUGGUCCUGAAAGUUUUUAAAUAAAUGAUAAAAAAGAA